CGCUCGCCGCAUACGUAAGUAAGUUCCGAAGCGAAAGGCCGCGUCUUAUCAACUUGCUAAUGUUAUUUGGAUAAAUAAAAUACGAUAACUUCGUUAAUGAGUUUGCGUCAGUUACAAAAUGGCGCUCAAGACAGGAGCUAGUUUCGUUCGGAUCAACGCUCUGCGCCAUGCAGUUAGGUUGAUGUCGACAAAUACGAGACCGGAAGCGGUACAAAAUGGGGUUAAAAUUGCAGAAUUUCCCGGAGUCAAGGCACCGUACGUAACGGAGAUUAAGUUCCUAAACGAGAAUAGUUACGACCCCAUCCCUAUUUAUCGCGUGUUGGACAACAAUGGCGAAGUUAUCGAUAAUAAGGAAGAGCCAAAUAUCGAUAAAGAUACUCUGGUUCAUAUGUACAAAACCAUGGUCCAACUUAACCAGAUGGACAAGAUCCUGUAUGAAUCACAGAGACAAGGCCGCAUAUCGUUCUACAUGACGAACUACGGCGAGGAGGGCAUCCACAUCGGUACCGCCGCAGCGCUCUCUCCAAAAGACCUGGUGUUCACGCAAUACCGAGAGGUGGGCAUGUUCCUGUACCGCGGAGUCACUGUCACCGAGCUCAUCAACCAAUGCUAUGGCAACCACGAAGACCCCGGCAAAGGCAGGCAGAUGCCGGUCCAUUACGGAAACGAGAGACUCAAUCUUGUCACCAUAUCCAGUCCUUUGGCCACCCAAAUGCCACAAGCGGUGGGCGCGGCGUACGCGCUGAAGCGAACUCCCGACAACGACCGCUGCGUGGUGUGCUUCUUCGGGGACGGCGCCGCGUCCGAGGGCGACGCGCAUGCUGCCUUCAACUUCGCAGCCACGCUCGAAUGCCCUGUUAUUUUGUUCUGCAGAAACAACGGGUACGCCAUAUCGACGCCGACGAACGAGCAGUACCGCGGCGACGGCAUCGGCGCGCGCGGGCCCGCGCUCGGGCUGCACACGCUGCGGGUGGACGGCACCGACACGCUCGCCGUCUACAGCGCCGUGCGCCGCGCGCGCCACCUCGCGGUCGGCAGCAACAAGCCCGUGCUCAUCGAGGCCAUGUGCUACAGAGUCGGCCACCAUUCAACAUCUGACGACAGCAGCGCCUACAGACCAGUGGAGGAAAUACAAAAGUGGACCAAAGAAGAGAGUCCACUGCAAAAGUUCAAGCUUUAUUUGGAACAAAAAGGUCUCUGGGACGCUGAUGCCGAUAAAUCAUGGCAGAAGGAAGCGAGAGACACGGUGUUACGGACGAUGCAAGAGGCAGAGAAGAAGAAACGCCCCAACUGGCGGGAGAUGUUAGAGGACGUCUACCAUGACAUGCCGCCGAGGAUCCAUAAACAAAUGCAGGAGAUGGAGCAACACUUGAAAAAAUACUCGGAACACUACCCGCUAGACCAAUACGAGAGCUAACGAAGCUAAUCAUUUAAACUUGGUUGAAUUUAUUACUUGAUUGUGGAUGCUAAAUAAAUUGGAUUUAUUUUA